AUGGGACCCUUUAAGCGUCGGGGACCGCAGAAAGCGAUUGCGCCUCACUUGCAAUGGCAAGCCUGGAAAUCAUGGGACACCGUGGCUGUUGAUCUACUCAACGUUCCUAGGGAGGUCAAUACACAUGAUAUCUACGAUAACAUGAGCAAAGAAGGAAACAUCUCGUGCAUUGAUCUUUGGGAUAAUGACCAGGGAGAGCCAGCAGGGAGAGGGCGUGUGCGAUUCCGCCCCCCGCCGAAAGACAUCGCCUGGAUUUUUGAGCCUUAUCGCAUCAAGCUCCGAAGCGGAGGCUUCCACCUCCUCGAACUUUCACUGUCACAAUCUCAUACUGAGACCGUGCCUAGUCCAGUCCGGCCAAAAAUACGUCUGCCUAUCGAGACUGAGCUGAGAACCAUGCAGGUGGACAUUGGCGUUCUGCUGAAUGAGUCUACACUGCAUUUCAUGCAGAACUUCCCGGCCGCCACUCAACCAAGAUGUGUGGUCAGCUUGCAAUCGAAAUGCUUGUUUCUUUACUUCAAAGUAGGUAUUCGUGGAUCAGGGCCGGCGCGGGCAGAUUUGAUCCAGCAUGAUUAUCGGCUCAAGAUCACGUUUCUACAACUUUCCGAGGUGUUUAAAACAUUCGACGAUGCUACACAACAGACUUCCCUUCUCAUAGUCCUUGAUGACUCGGUUAUAUGCCACCGUAAAGUGAAAAACCCGCACAUUACUUUUAAUGGUUCUCGAACCUGGAGGGAGGAAGACUCCUGGUAUCGACAAACCACGGUGACCCAUAAUCCAAGCUCGCAAAAAAAUGCUACCACCAACCUAAAGAGAACGGGCCAGGUUAUUGAUCUUGGGCGAUGGAAUGUUUUCAAGAUCACCCUGGCUCCCCAAAUCCUACAGAACAGCAACAACAAAGUCCUCACACACCCCGCCGACCCUCUCAUUCAAAUCCGUGAUAUUUUUCGAGACUACAAUAUUGCUAUCAAAGAUGGAUACCACUUCACGGAGAGUCCAGACCGACCUAUUCCCGUGUGGCAAUGGAUAGACGUUUCGGAGUCAGGGUCUACGAAGGCUUCUGCCUUGCUGGAAGACCUUGAAAACAAGACCUACGAACAUCUUUCCUUCGAGGUGCGAUAUCAGCUGGAAGUUUGCAUGUCACAAGGGUAUCUCUCCGAGUAUACCAUGAACCAGCAGUUUAUCCAAAAAUUGAAGAGUCUCGGAGAUACUCGUGCCCGAAGGUUACUUGAAUUUGUGGCGACUGAAAGGAAAAGAUAUCUUGAUCCUUUGAAGAUAUUCGAGCUGAACUUCUUCAAAGGCGUUACUAACUCAAAGAUCCCGAGCUAUUGCUGCCACAUGCACACGGCAAGGAUCACCCCUACCACCAUCUAUUACAAUACUCCAUCGGUGGACAUCUCCAACCGUGUUGUGCGGCAAUGGUCGAGCAGCCGCAAGGCAGGUCGUUUCCUCCGGGUCCGUUUCACGGAUGAGAAGACUGAAGGCAGAAUAAACUCAUCCAUGGGGAAUGCCAAUGACGAGAUAUACACUCGGGUCAAGAGAACACUGGCAAAUGGAAUCACCAUUGGAACUCGCCACUAUGAGUUUCUUGCGUUUGGGAACUCCCAGUUUCGUGAACACGGAGCAUAUUUCUUUGCCUCAGACGCAGGCAUUUCAGCGGCAACAAUCCGUGCCUGGAUGGGGCAGUUUAACCAUAUCCGGAACGUUGCGAAGUAUGCUGCUAGACUUGGCCAGUGUUUCUCGACUACUCGAGCGUUCACUACAUCCUCAGUUAAGACCGUUACCGUUGACGAUAUUGUUCGCAACGGAUAUACGUUCUCUGAUGGCGUUGGAAAGAUCUCCCCUUUUCUUGCUCAGCUACUGACCGAGGAGUAUGGAAUCAAGACCUCUAAUGGAAAACCGCCUUCGGCUUAUCAGUUUCGUCUCGGCGGGUCGAAAGGGAUGCUCGUCACUUCUCCAGACCCCAAGCACCAGGAAGUGCAUCUUCGGCCCAGUCAAAAGAAGUUUGAGGCGACGUUUAACGGCCUUGAAAUUAUCCGUUGGUCUCAGUUUUCAUUGGCGGUUUUGAACCGACAGAUCAUCAUCGUUCUUAGUUCUCUGCGCAUCCCAGACCACAUCUUCCGCCAAAAGCAAGAAAUCAUGUUGAGCAGCUUCUAUGAAGCCAUGAGCAGUGAUACGAAGGCAAUUGCCUUACUCCGAAAGUAUGUUGACCAAAAUCAAAUCACGCUCACCCUCUCAAAGAUGGUGAGUAAUGGGUUCCGGAGAACCAAUGAGCCUUUCAUGAACACAAUGCUUAGCCUCUGGAGGGCAUGGCAUUUGAAAUAUCUCAAAGAAAAAACCAGAAUUGUCAUAGAUCAGGGGGCAAAUCUGAUUGGCUGUCUUGAUGAAACGGGUACUUUGAAGGGCUAUUUCAGAAGCUCGAUCCCUGAUGCGUCAGGUGGAACAUACCAAGAGAGACUGGAUGCUCUGCCGGAGAUUUUCGUUCAGAUCUGCCGCGAUAACCAAAGCGACGAGCGCGAGAUUAUUGAGGGUAUUUGUAUUCUCGCUCGGAAUCCCUCACUCCAUCCAGGUGACAUCCGUGUUGUCAGAGCGGUCAAUAAACCCGAGCUUCAUGAUUUGCGAGAUGUAGUCGUCCUUCCACAAACCGGGGAUCAGGACGUUUCGGGGAUGUGCUCCGGAGGAGACCUAGAUGGAGACGAUUAUCUUGUCAUCUGGGACCCUGACCUGAUCCCCGAUGAUAAUGAAUGGUUCAGGCAGAGUAUGGAUUUCAAGUCCAAAAAAGCCCCCGACGUCGAUCACGAUGUGACGGUUGACGAAAUCACUUCUUUCUUCGUCACUUACAUGAAGAACGACUGCCUGCCAACGAUUGCACAUGCCCACAUGGCUUGGGCUGACACAAUGAGAGAUGGUGUCCAGUCUGAAAAAUGUCUCCGCCUUGCAAAAAUUCAUUCUGAUGCAGUGGAUUAUAACAAGACCGGGGGUGUGGCGAUCAUGGGUCGGGAUCUCAAGGUAAAAAGAUGGCCACACUUCAUGGAGAAGCGGUCCAAAACGCCGAGUUAUCGCUCGCACAAAAUCCUUGGACAAUUGUACGACGCUGUCGUCCCUCCUAACUUUGUGCCAAAUCUAGCGAUGCCUUUCGACUCUCGGAUCUUAACAAGCCCGCUGACCGGCGCAAGUGAAGUUUUCAUGGACUUCGCUCGGGAUCUCAAAGUCGAAUGGGAUACGAGCAUGCGCCAGGUGAUGGCUCAAUAUGAGAUCAACACCGAGUUUGAAGUUUGGUCGACCUUUGUCCUGCGCAAUGGUGGUGCUCUGAGAGACUACAAUUUACAGGAAGAUCUGGGAAGACUAGUUGGCACAUUGCGCCGUGGGUUCCGCCAAAGCUGCUACGAUAAGACGGGGCCCGACAAUAUUGCAGCAAUGGUCCUUGCCAUGUACCGGGUGACAGAAGAGCAAAUGUCUGCUGCGCUGAAGGCUCAGCAGGAGGAGGAGAUUUUACGAGAAGACCCGAAGAAUGUGAUAGUUAACUCCACGCAGCUCCCACUCAUCACCUUUCCCUGGGUGUUUCCCGAAGUUCUAGGAGACCUCGCAAUGGGAAGAGUACAAGUCCCGGUCUUGGUUCCCGGUCUUGAGACGGACGAACAGGCUGCAUUCCCACCUAGUGUGGCUCCGAUGUUUGACUGGACUCAUGCUAGAAAAGUCAUGGACGGAAUGCGUGACAUGCAGGAUGUACAAGACAUGAUGAACCGACAGGCCGAAGACGUUGACUCUGGUGUUUUUUGCGAUGGAAACGAGGCGGACGGUGACGAAGAUAUUGAGUCCGGAGGGGUCCAGCUGACCAGCCGUGCCGGAAGCCGCGCCGCAAAUGAGGGCUUUGCACCUAAACCGGAUAUGGGCGAGAAAGUUGAAGACUCUCACAGCAUAGUCAGAGAGCAAGACAAUGAGAUGGUGGAGCAGGACGGGGACAUCAAGCCUUCGGCCCUCGACGCCUUGAUCAACAUGAUCAACAGCUGA